GCACCAUUGUGGCGCAUGUGUGACAUUUUUGUUUCUGUAAAGAAAUACGCUGGCAUAUUCAUAACUCUAGUUUGAAUUUGGCGGAAUUGCUUCUACAGAAAUUGUCGUAGCUAUGUAGCCUAGACUAUAGUUCCCGGUUUCUUUUAACCAGUGCUAAAAUGGACAAGCCCUCAAAUGUUUUAAGUGUUGAAUAUUAAUGGGAAGAUGGACCCCAAAUCCCCUGCAGCUACUGAUUUGUCCAAGGGAUCACCAAAUAAUAAAGAGGAAAUGACUACUGAACAGACCGCACAGGAAGGAUCCUCUUCUAGGGUUAUCACUGUAGUUUUUGUAUCACUUCUACUGGACCUUCUUGGGUUUACCCUCAUUCUUCCUCUUCUUCCCUCCAUCUUAGACCACUACAGUAAAAAAGACGAUGCUGUCUACAAUUCUCUGCAGAAUGUGGUGGACUGGUUUAGAGUUGCUGUUGGAAUUCCUCUUGACUUAAAAUAUAAUAGUGUUCUUUUCGGAGGAUUAAUUGGAUCCCUUUUUUCUUUUCUUCAAUUCCUUUCUUCUCCUGUGAUGGGAGCUGCAUCUGAUUGCUAUGGCAGAAGACCAUUGAUACUGCUCACGACAGUGGGUGUGAUGACCUCCUAUCUCCUAUGGGUGUUUUCUCACAGUUUCAGCAUCUUCCUUCUGUCUCGUGUUGUCGGUGGGAUUUGUAAAGGCAAUGUCAGUCUCUGCACAGCCAUGGUGGCUGAUCAGCGUAAUCCACAGGCUAGAAAUCGAGGAAUGGCUAUGAUAGGUGUUGCCUUCUCCCUUGGAUUCACAUUGGGACCAAUACUGGGUGCCUAUUUUGCACAAAGGACUAAAGAAGUUGAGGAGUUUUAUCAGGGACCAGCUUUAUUAGCCCUGGCUUUCUCUGUGGCGGAUCUGUUUUUCAUCUUUGCCAUGUUACCAGAAACUUUACACAGAGACAAUGAGGUUAAUGACAUUAACUCAGUGGUUCAGGGGCCUGGAGACCUUCUUAACCCAGUGGCACUUUUCAACUUCACAGCCAUUACAAGGACAGAUGUUUCAUCCUCAGUCCAGAAAAUGAAGAACCUUAAAGUUUUGGGCAUGGUGUACUUCACAUACCUAUUUCUGUUCUCUGGACUGGAAUUCACGCUGAGUUUUUUAACGCACCAGCGUUUUGGAUUCUCCAGCAUGGAACAGGGCAAGAUGUUCUUCUUCAUUGGUAUUUCCAUGGCACUCAUUCAGGGGGGAUGGGCCCGGAGGAUCAAACCAGGGCAUCAGAUCAGGACAGUUCGUUUGGCUCUCAUAUCACUUAUACCAGCUUUUCUGAUCAUUGGGAUUGCUUGGAAUAUGCUGUUGCUGUACACAGGACUAAUGUUUUACUCAUUUGCUGCUGCGGUUGCUGUUCCUUGUCUGUCCACACAAGUUUCCGAGCAUGGUUCAUCCAGACAAAAGGGUAUGGUAAUGGGCAUCCUUCGCAGUCUGGGGGCACUUGCACGGGCAUGCGGACCUAUUGUUGCUUCAUCUGUGCGCUUCGGCGUUGUGGGUUUAGGCUGCUGGUCACUGAAGUCCGAACGAGGGCACCGCCGUGGAGCACCGGCUGGAUUGACUUUUGUCGGGACAGUACGAUUCCAUCGGUAUGGUCUAUUGGUUGGCUGGAGGAGAGACUUGCUUCAUCAUCUACUCAGUCCUUUUCCUUGUGCCGCUGAUGUUACUGAGCCAAUUAGAGAAAUGCAAAGAUGACUGAUGAGAUUUGGAGAGUGAGAAAAGACUCAUUACAACCCCACAUAGCAACAACCUUUACACACAAAGCACACACAUUCAUAACAUCUUCUAAUAGUACACUGAAGCACUUUAUAUAAAAGCAGGGCAGAAUGCCACAUUCCAGUGUAGUAUACACAAUUUUUACCAGCUAUGCAAGUAAGCAAAGAUGUUUACAUUCAGGGCUGUUUUAGAUAACUUUUAGUUUUAUUAACUAUUAA